GUUUGGGCUUGAGAUCUAAACAAGUUUUCUAAGCCGGUGGAGUCUUGUCUUCCAUCGCUGACUUCGGAGAACAUUUAAAGAGUUGGCAGAGGCUACGCUCUCUCGAGAGUGGGGGUUACUGAGGCUCAGGGAGCCACACAGCGUCCUGUCCAGCCCUCCUCGACAAACAGCGCUCCUGUAAUUGCGUUUCAGGCGACCUUGAGCUCCGAGUGACUCCUGGCCUGUUAUGAGUUCCGGCCUGCAGUUCCAUUUGCCCAGGAAGGACCAUGGCCCAUGCUGUCUUGAUUCCUGGGCUGUCUCGAGGUUCUGUGGGAGCCAUCUGCACUCAGGCUGCUUCGUGGGGAUUGACUCCCAGCACUUUGCGUCACCUUACCCUAGCCAGCUUAAUGAAAUCCAGAAGGAAAACUGACCACCUAGAGAGAACCGCCAGUGUCCUCCGCCGGGAGGUCGUGGCUGCAGCUAAGGUGUGUGAAAUCACUCACGAGUCUCCAUCAGUGAAGAGCCUCCGUUUGCUUGUUGCUGAUAAAGACUUUUCCUUUAAGGCUGGCCAGUGGGUUGAUUUCUUCAUCCCAGGAGUCUCAGUGGUUGGUGGGUUUUCAAUCUGUUCCAGUCCCCAACGGCUAGAACGAGAGAGGAUAAUAGAAUUGGCAGUGAAAUACACAGACCACCCUCCUGCUGUCUGGGUUCACAAUAAGUGCACACUUGACUCUGAAGUGGCUCUCAGAGUAGGUGGAGAGUUCUUCUUUGACCCUCAGCCCACAGAUGCCCCUCGAAACCUCGUCCUGAUUGCUGGAGGGGUUGGGAUUAACCCCCUGCUUUCUAUCCUGCGCCACUCGGCAGAUCUCCACCGAGACCACGCAGACAAAGGAAGUAGCUAUGAUAUAGGAACAAUAAAACUGUUCUACAGUGCAAAGAACACCAGCGAACUCCUGUUUAAGAAAGAUAUCCUCGACUUAGUACAUGAAUUUCCUGAAAAGAUUACUUGCAGUUUUCAUGUUACAAAACAGACGGCACAAAUCAGUGCGGAACUUAAGCCUUAUGUCACAGAUGGAAGAAUAACGGAAAAGGAGAUAAGAGAUCAUGUUUCAGCAGAGACUCUGUUCUAUGUCUGUGGCCCACCUCCAAUGACAGACUUUUUCUCUAAGCACCUGGAAAGCAGCCAUGUUCCCAAGGAACACAUCUGCUUUGAGAAGUGGUGGUAGGGAACGGGCACAGAGAACCUGCGGGCCGCUCCGGACAGUGAGGUUCUCAAGUAUCCAGCCCAAGACUAAAAGAAGAACCAGCAGCAGAGUUACAUGAGAAACUUCUUGCAGACUAUUUUUAACUAUAUUGAUUUUUCUUUCACUAAUACCUAUGUAAUUAUCUUAUGAUAUUCCAUCAUAUAGAAUUUCUGACCUCUAGGGAAAGACCAUACUCAAUCCAGUUUUAAUUAGAAGAUUGUUGAGCUGCUGGCAGGAUGAUAGUCUGAGAGCCAAAUUUAAGAUUGCCAUAAAGAAGGGUGUAGGGAAAGGUUUUCUAAAGGGAAAACCACAGGAAGGCCCACAAUAUCUACACAAACAAGCAAAAACUGGCCUGUUCUGCCAAGUUUAAGUGGUUAAAGCAACUCAGAACCAUCUGGGUUUCUCCAUAAAUGAGUUACAGAAGCUGAAAAAGCAGUCUCCAUAACAAGGAGAUGGUCACAGCUGUACAUUUCUGGGGGGUCCCCAAGCCAGGGUUGUUUCCUGAGACCCCAUCUUUCUGGAAUUUUGAGUCUAUGGCAAGCAGUCAUUAGAUGGAGGGAGGCCUAGAAAAUAAUGGAGUUUCUCUGGUUGGCCUUUACACCAUGAACUAAUUAAUACAGAUUUUUCUUUUGCCUUUAGGGGACAAAUUGGUCUACUUACAUUAACUAAAGGAAAAUGUGGGUUUUGUGUGAACUGUACACUUCUUUAAAUUGUUGGACAGAAGUUCAUAAAAUUUAUGUUUAGUGAAUUUAUAAUUUUUUUUCAAGACAAGGUUUCUCUGUGUAGUCCUGGCUAUCCUGGAACUCACUCUGUAGACCAGACU